AUGUCUUAUAAAACUAUAGGGUUAGCACGCAGUUUGCGUAAGUUAGUUUACGCCAGUCGACGAUCGAGCUCGCUCAAGACAGAAUCUGUCCUCACAUUCUCCUAGGAACUUUCAGAUAAACAUGAAUAAGACAGUUUUGCUUUUCGUGAUUUUCGCGUUGAUUGGAUGUGCAGUUGCACGACCGCAGCAUCGUCCCCACAGACCACGGCCAUUUGGUGGUAGUGGUGGUUUUCCCGGACAAACCGGUUUUGGAUCUGCUAACGCUGCAGGAAUUGGCAAUGGUGCUGUUGUAGGUAACCAAGCCAUCGGAACAGGCACUGGCAUCGCUAACGCUGGCCCAGGUGGAUUUGGUAUUGGUCUCGGUGUCGGUGGUGCAAUCGCCUCGCCAAUUGGGAACGUAGCCUUCGGCCAAGGCGAAAGUAUUUCUGUCGGUAAAUAAGCAGAAUGCAAAAGACACUUUUUUAUCGAUCCAUUAUUGUUAGUUCUGUGUUCGUUAUGUGUGCCAAUUAACAUUGUGCCUUUUGUUUAGCAUUAACGUAUUAAUACACUACACACAAUGGA